UCUUGAGUAAAUUACGUGUUCCGUUCGCUUUAACUUACAAUCAUGUCUGGUCGCGGUAAAGGUGGUAAAGUAAAGGGAAAGUCAAAGACUCGUUCAAGCCGUGCUGGACUUCAGUUCCCAGUUGGUCGUAUCCAUCGUAUGUUACGUAAAGGUAACUACGCUGAACGUGUUGGAGCUGGGGCUCCGGUGUACUUAGCAGCUGUUAUGGAAUACCUCGCUGCUGAAGUACUCGAGUUGGCAGGUAACGCUGCUCGUGAUAACAAGAAGACUCGUAUCAUUCCACGUCAUCUCCAACUGGCUAUCCGUAACGAUGAAGAGUUGAAUAAACUUCUUUCUGGAGUUACCAUCGCUCAAGGUGGAGUUUUGCCCAACAUCCAAGCUGUCUUAUUGCCCAAGAAAACCGAAAAAAGCAGUUCUUAAAUUACUUUCCCAUCUCCACAUAAACAAAACGGCCCUUCUCAGGGCCACCAAAUUUUUUAAAACGAAAGUUAACUUAUUCAAAUUUGUUAUCUCCACUAAAUUAAUUGUCUGUCAUAUUCACCUGUGAUAUUGAUAACGUUUUUGUUCAUCAAGUCCAGUUAUCCUUGACUUGAAAUGUAAUAUAAUUUACUGUAAAUUGAUUCUAAUUUAUAAUCAGUUUACUUGAACUAAGUUGAAAAUACUGUUUCCAGCCACUUUACCCUUACCUAUACUCGAACCUUCGUUAUCAUACAAUCAUUCUUAACAACGUAUAUCUCAUUGACAUAAAUCCAUAUAGUAUAAUCCCGGCGAAAAAGUCGUCCUCCCGCUACCAUUAGUUAGCACGUAUUUUCUAUACCCCCACUA